AUGGAUAAGAGUAAGGAUAAGAAGACUAUCAUCAACUACGAUUAUAGUGUGCGACCGUAUUCGUACCUGUACUUUGCGAAUGAGAAUGAUUAUGAGGUGUUUAAGAAGUAUCCUACGGUUACGAGCUCAAAGCUGGCUGCUUUGUCGGGUAUGAAGGAAACCACGACCCGACCACGGAAAUUGAGCAUGCUCACUCGGGAUUUCAUCGAUGACUCGCUAUACAAUCCCGCCUACGGCUACUUCGCUCGACAGGCAACUAUCUACUCUCCCGAUAAACCCUUCGACUACGGUGACAUCAAAAACACCGACGACUUUGUCAAUCGAUGGUCACGGACCUACAAAAAAUACGACAACAUGCUCACCUCAAACACCAAAAUCAGGCCCGGCGAAGCGCGCCCGGCUCAGGACCCGGACAAGUCUCCGGAACUGCCGCAGCUGUGGCAUACGCCUACUGAGCUGUUCCAGCCGUUUUAUGGACAGGCUAUUGCGCGUUAUCUGCUGCUUAAUUACUUGAUUACGCUGUAUCCAUACAAUGACCUUGUGAUCUACGAAGUUGGAGGUGGUAACGGAACGCUGAUGCUGAACAUCCUCGACUAUAUCCGUGAGACGCACCCAGAUGUCUACGAGCGAACGCGGUACAACAUCAUUGAAAUUUCCGAAACCUUGGCGGCAAAACAGGCAGCGCGUGCGUUACAAGACAAGAUUGAUCGGCAAGGAUUCUCGGAUCACGUUCGGAUUAUCAACAAGUCGAUUUUCGACUGGGAUACCAAAGUCCCCGAGCCGUGCUUCUUCAUCGCUCUUGAAGUCUUUGAUAAUUUCGCUCAUGAUUCAAUCAGAUACGACCACGAGACGAACAAGCCGCAUCAGGGAUAUGUCGUCGUGGACGAGACCGGAGAUUUCCAAGAGCAUUUCUCACCCGAGCUUGAUCCCUGGGCCGAGAAAUUCCUCACUCUCAGAAAGGAGUUAUUCCCCGAUCUAGACUUGUCCAAAUUAAAGGGCCAUCCGCUGUCCAAGAGCAAAUUCCGUCGUAAACUGCGGACGUGGUUGCAUCCGCUCGCGCAUGAUCUCACGGUUCCUGAAUUCAUCCCCACGCGGUAUCUGCAGUUUCUCGAGGUGUUGAAGACCAAGUUCCCAGAACAUCGCCUUCUAGCUUCCGACUUCACCAGUCUCCCAAACUCAAUCCCAGGCUACAACUCCCCCGUCGUGCAAGUCCUGCUCAACAAGAAGAUGAUCACGGUAGACACCUACAUGGUCUUGCAGGGUUACUUUGAUAUUCUUUUCCCGACGGACUUUGAGCUGGCGGCGGCGUUGUAUACGAAGAUUGUGGGACGCGUGGCGACUGUCGAGACGCACAGUGCGUUUUUGGAGCAGUGGGCGGUGUUGGAAAAGACGAUGACGAAGGAUGGGGAUAAUCCGAUGCUGGAUUUUUAUCAGAAUGCAGCGUUUUUGUGUACAUAG